AUGACUACAAAUCAUAGACCAACACUAAUAAGUAAAAAGGGUAAAUCCUUAAAAAUUCAAAAUACAAUCAAACAUGCAAGAGCACUACCUCAACAACCUGGUUUAAAAUAUAGAAAAAAUAUAAAUGGUGUACCAAUUGAAACUUUAAAUGAUGCAGUUUCAAGUUUAAAAUCUGAUAAUAUAUUAAUAGAUCAAACGAGCAAUAAUGAUAGUGAUGAGAAAGAGGUGGAUGAUGUUAUAGCGAAAUUUAUUAAAAGGAAGAAUAAAGAGAAACUCGAUCAAAAUCAAACUAAAAAGGCUAUACUACCUUCAACUUUGAAUACUGAAAAUGAGCAAAAAUUCGCAGAAGACGGACUGAGAGAUAAAGAUAAUGAUGAUAAUGAAGACACUUAUGGAUAUGAGAUAGAAAAACAAAACUCGAAAAGUAAAAAUGAAACACAAAGGGCAGAUUCGAGGAUGUUAUUGAGUAGUCGUCUAAAUGGUUAUGAAUCAACAUCAUCGGAAGAAGAGGAAGAAUGCGAAGAAGUGGAAGAAGGUGAAGAAGUGGAAGAAAAGGUCCUCAAAGAUACGAUAUCCACAAAUGAGACCGUAGAAGCUAAUGGAGAACAAAAGACGACGAAAGAGGUAGAGACAACAACAAACAUUGAAACGAAGAAAACAGAAAAUAAUUCGUCAUUUGAAGAAGAAUCCGAAUCCGAUGAAGAAGAAACAGCUGAACUAAUCGCUGAAUUAAAUCGAUUGAAAGAAUCGAAGGAAUCGAAUAAAAACAAAAUUGAAGAAACUACUGUUUUCCCAAACUCAGGAUUUGGUUUUCGACCUAAUGAACAUCUUUCAUUGAAGAAAAAAAGUUGGAGAGAUUCACCAAUAAAAACAAUUAACGGUCAACAACAACAACAACCAAACUUCACGAAUGCAAAAUUGAACUCUUCAAUUAAUCAAAAAUUCUUAUCGAACAUCAAUAUAAGCAAUAUCUUCUUUCAAACUUGCUUCUUCAACAGUAAGAAUGAUAAUGCAGAUACUCAUGGACAUGAGAUAGAAAAACAUAACUCGAAAAGUAAUAAUGAAACAUCAAGGGCAGAUUCGAAGAUGUUGUUGAGGAAUCGACUAAUAGGUUACGAAUCAACAUCAUCAGAAGAAGAGGAAGAACGUGAGGAAGUAGUGGAAGGAGGUGAAGAAGGUGAAGAAAAGGUCCUUAAAGAUACGAUAUCCACAAAUGAGACCGUAGAAGCUAAUGGAGAACAAAAGACGACGAAAGAGGUAGAGACAACAACAAACAUUGAAACGAAGAAAACAGAAAAUAAUUCGUCAUUUGAAGAAGAAUCUGAAUCCGAUGAAGAAGAAACAGCCGAACUAAUCGCUGAAUUAGAUCGAUUGAAAGAAUCGAAGAAAUCGAAUAAAAACAAAACUGAAGAAACUACUGUUUUCCCAAACUCAGGAUUUGGUAUUCGACCUAAUGAACAUCUUUCAUUGAAGAGAAAAAGUUGGAGAGAUUCACCAAUGAAAACAAUUAACGGUCAACAACAACAACAACCAAACUUCACGAAUGCAAAAUUGAAUUCUUCAAUUAAUCAAAAAUUCUUAUCAAAGUAUGUUAGGUAG